AUUAGUAAGAUCAUUUGGUUCAUUUCAGCAUAGCUGCAAACUCUUGAAGAAAAACUCAACGCCUUCAUCGCGGAUUAGAUAGCUUUUUUUGUGAACUUUUUAGAAAUUUUUGAUCACACAGACUCCUCGCAGAUGGAAUCAAAUUGACAAAUAGGUUUGUCAGGGUGACUGCAUGAAUCAUUGAGUUCUAUAAACGUCGUGUUUGCUAAAUCACUCUAAUGUGUGAACUGAAUGUUUUUUGGUUUAUCGUUAUUAUGGAGCUUUUAAGAUGAAAAAGACUAUAGACAGUUGAAAACACGUUUAGUUGAUAGCGAGUUUAAAAUCUACGGUGUUAAAUGCAAUCAGUUCGCUUUGACAUUCGACUAAACAAACAUUUACAUUGAGGACAAUGAAUAGGUAUCGUGAGGACGAACAUGAUGUUGCUUUAAUUCAAGAAAGAAAGAAGGUUAAAAAGUUAACUAAAGAACGGAGGAAAGGAAAGGUAAUUGAAAAAUCCGUCGAGCAAAUGGUUUCGAAGAAGAAAUUCGUCAUACCAAGAAAGAAAACGACCAAAGAAUUACUGGAUCAACAAGGCCUUCGAACAAGAGAUGCGUUAGAGUUGUUAAGGGAAGUAAAACAGUCAUUUCAUCAUCCAGACAACAUUUCCAACUUCAAUUUUGAGGAUGUCAUCAUUAUCCAUAACUCCCAACUUUCCACUGAGUUCAGUGCCAAGAAACAAGAAAUGAAAAUGGAAGGAUAUUUUCAAAAGGAUUUGGACGAUACAUUUGCAUUUAUUUAUGUGGAUAGUUGGUUUAAGGUGAAAAAAUUGGCCAAAGAUGGACUUUGUGUCGGUCCAAACGUGUUUGAUUCCAGCAUUGGGGAUCCUAACAUGGGUGUUUACGUAUGCCGAUAUCCUGAUGUUAUCUCACCGUGUCCUCUACCAGACAAGAUUUCAAAACACAUAAUGGUUUUCAGGAUUGCAAAAGGGAAAUUAAAAGCCGUGAGUGAGCGAAGUGAUGGCUGUUCUGCAUUGGAACCGACACCAAAUUAUGAUGGCCAUAUUUCAAAGUCCUUUCCUCCAGCCAAAAAUAUUUCAUUGGAUCAAGCAUUCAGAUCUUCUCAGUAUUAUCUAUACGAGUUUGCCGAUGAUGGUGAAGACUUACACACAAAAAGACCAAGACAAUGUUGUCCUCAUGCCGUCAUUCAGUUUUCUCUUAACUCCAAUCAGACGCAACAUCCAUCCUUAAGGAAUAUACUCACGCAAGAUUUUUCAGCGAGAAACAUAUCGUCUUCGGAUUCUUCCGCUGUCUCAGCUACGCAACUUUUUUCUAACAAAGAAAUCAAUAAUAACGAAUCUGGUAAAAACUUUAAUUAUUUCGACAGUGGUCGAGUGUAUCUGAACUGCUCAAAGAACGGUCGAGUUCUCUGGUCUGGGUUGAUAAAAAAUAAGGAAAAUAUUCUAUCAUCUGCUGAUCUGAUAUGUUACUCUAGCGAUAUUUUACCUAUCACAAUUGGUGAUCACAUCGACAUCAAAGGGAAAGUAUCCUUCGCGAGAUUAAAGCCCUUGCUGCCCUCAAUUAUUUUUAAACAGUUACCGGCGAUUUCUAGCAAAUGCAAAGUUUUCGACUGUGGAAGGAUGUUUCUUUAUUACGAAGUUCGACCAAGGGACAGGAGCGACACGAAUUUUCUCAAGAUGAUUAAAUAUUUCAGAGAUAAGAAAUUGGCUGGAGUCGCUGAUUAUCAUGAAUCUGACGUCUAUAUUUAUCUAAUUCCGACUUCAAAUUUUAGUCAUGAGCUAGGUUUUACUGAUCGCCAUUAUCCAAAUAUCCUUAAUAUGUUGAUUGUGAAGAAAUUGCCUAAAGAAGACAUUCAGUCGUACAAAAGAAUAAACGCAGACCCAGUGACCGAAGCGUUAUUCAAACGAAACAUCGGCAAUGAAAUUAAGCGAAUAGUUUUGGAGAAAAUUUUAGAAUGUGAAUGUGAAGAAGCCAGGUCUGAUGUCAUGACUGAAAAUGAAAAUGAGAGCGUCGUUGAGGAUGCAACUGAGGAGAAUAUAACUGUGGAAUUCAAACCAAUAGACGGGGAAAGAAAGUUGAAUGAAGAUAAAGUGACGGAUGAUAUCAAGUGCGAUUCACGGUCAACGUCACUAAAAAUAAACGAAUCAACCGAUAAUGGUUUUCACGGCAUUUUGGAUGAUGAUUUCAAGAAGAAUGAAACGGAAGACGAUAUUAUAACCCGACAUUCUAUAGAUUCGCGUUUAAAUCACAAGCAAAAGUCAUUUCUUUAUAGCCCUACGGAAAUCGAAGACGUAUCAUCCAGCGGUGAAGCAAAUACACCAGAGAAAUCGCCUCCCGGGAAAUAUUCCAGUGUCAAUUCAUCAUCGCCACCUGCAGUUUCACUUUUUGAACCUGAGAAAUCUAACACUUCCCAGUCCGAAUUCGACAAAAUCUGUAAUGAGAAGGAUCACGUUUUGCGAAUAUCAUCUCGUCUAAAGGCUUUGUUUUCUCAAAGGGCGAAACGGUCUCCCAACAAUUUAACAACGGAUGAAGAAACUCAGACCUCGACCAAACCUUUCACGUCUGACACUACAGCAGUCGUAGAAUCUUCUGACAUCGUGACAACUACAGAUUUUUGUGAUGUUGCGACAAAUACCAGACCUACCGAUGUCAGGAGAAUUGGUCAAUCAUCUGAUAUCCAGACUGAAUUGCUUGAUGCUGUAACAACAGCUAUUCCUUUUGAUACUGCGAGUACAACAUCAUACGGUAAUCCAACGUCCACAACUAUACAAACGGAUCUUUCAUGUGCGAUUUCAUCCCAAUCAAUCACUACAAUAUUUGCUGAAGAUAGCAGAGGUGAAACUGCAUCGAGCAAGCAAAACACACCCCUUGAGAAUAGUUCAAAAUUCUAUAAAGAUGUUGCUAAUGGAAAGACUGAAGGUAGAGAGAGAAAUAUUGAGAUGCCGACUGUAAGAAGUAGUUGUGAUAUAGAUUGGUUUGAUAAUGGUGCUGAAAUCCAUGAUGAUCUUCCCUCGAAGCAAAGUCAGCCAAAGUCAACUGUAGCAUGUAGCUCUACAACCACUUCUGUUGUACAUACCAACGCAGAAUCGUCAAUAAUCAAAUCAUCGAGAAUUGAAGGAAUAUCUAAAGAGGUAACCUCUUGCAAAGCGUCAAAUACUGUGAAGAUGGACACACAUUCCAAUGAUUCAAAUGUAGAUGUUGUUGAUACCCCACCUAUUCCAACUGAUACCUUACAACCUCCGCCUCCACCUCUCCCACCUGUAUCUAUUCAAGGUAGUCAUAUCACUUCAUACUCGGCUGUCGAUUCUUUAAAUUCGACUAAACAAUUCAAUAAUGUGUCACAACCUCCGAGUUCUCGGGUUCAUUAUGGAAUCGCUACACCAUCAAUACCCUGUACAAGCGUACAGAAUGGCAAUUUAGUUUAUGAACCUAACGUGAAGUCAUUAAUGAUCGGUCCAUCAGGUGCACCAGACUUACCCUUCACAUCCCAGAAUAUUACUGUACUGUCUCCACCAUCAUCACCGCCACCACCAUCAUCACCUCCACCACCAUCAUCACCUCCACCACCAUCAUCACCUCCACCACCAUCAUCACCUCCACCACCACCACCCCCACGUUCCAUUUCACCACUAAACAUUUCUACAUGUCCCAUACCCACGUCAAACAACAAUUAUUUUUUUCCAUACCAACCUUACUAUACAUCACAUUUUUCCGGAAUUCAAGUAAUGAGACCAGAAUUCUUCAACUAUAAAUGUCCUUUACCUGACCCUCAAAAUCAUUGUACAUCAACGAGCUCUUCUGGAUUUGGAUAUACAAAACAAAUAACACCAUUGUGGAACUUGCACUUGGCAAUGUUGUCGAAUUAUGGUCAUCCUUUACCCGAAGAUGCAAUUUUAACAAAAGAUUCUAAAAGUGCUAUGGCAGAUGAAGUUGUCGAUAUCGACAGUGACAGCUCCAUAGAGGAAAUCGUUCCAGAGGUGAACACACUUGUCAAAUUGGAGGAAAAUGUCCAAAAUCAUAAUGCCAAUGACAAAGAAAAAAACACUUCUCGAACUGAAGAUCGUGCAAGUGAUAAACUUGAUGAACUCGAUAAAAAAUAUGACAAGAAACCCGCUGAGGUUUCUGAAAAGGCAUUUUUUGAAGAAACCACGACACUUGAGGUGCAGCAAAAGAAAAUUGUUAAUGAAGACACAAUUGACGUCUCGUCUCCUUCGAGUGAUGGUGAGGAAAUGAUUUUGUGUGAAGAUAAGAAAAAACCUAAAACGUCUUCUGUAGCCACUGACAAUAUUGAAACGCGUGUAUCCAGGAAAGAAACAAAUUUACAUGCAACUAUUCUUUCCGUGGAAAAUAUUUCAGAAGAUGAAGAUGUUGAAGUUGCUAUAAAUGAAAGCUGUCGCUUAAAAUCAAACGUGGGGGUGACCUCCAAAUUAAAUUCACAAUUUAAAGAUAUCACGGAGUACUCAAACUCCGAUAAGAAUGUGUUAGAUAAGUCAACUCUCCCACGUUCUAAGAAAAAACGUCGCAGCUCGAACAAGAAAACGAAAAGGAAAAAACGAAAGGGAGAGAAUAAGACAACGUUAUCGAAAUACGAUAAAAGUAUAGACGACGUUGAGAGUAGCAUUGAAUCUAUGGGUAUUUUGUCUGAUUAUGUUGAUAGUAAUGAUGAGAAGUAUGGUGAUAAGAUAUAUGGUGAUGAGAAGUAUGGUGAUGAGAAGUAUGGUGAUAAGAUAUAUGCGGAUGAGAAGUAUGCGGAUAAGAAGUAUGGUGAUAAGAAGUAUGGUGAUGAGAAGUAUGGUGAUAAGAUAUAUGGUGAUGAGACGUAUGGUGAUAAGAAGUAUGGUGAUAAGAAGUAUGGUGAUGAGAAGUAUGGUGAUGAGAUGUAUGGUGAUGAGAUGUAUGGCGAUGAGACGUACGGUGAUGAGAAGUAUAGUGAUGAGGAGUAUAGUGAUGACACGUAUGGUGAUGAGAAGUAUGGUGAUGAGAAGUAUGUUGAUGAGGAGUAUAGUCGUGAGAUGUAUGGUGAUGAAAUAUAUGAUGACGAAAUAUAUAGUGAUGAGGCAUAUGGUGAUGAAUCAUUAUCAGAGCCCAUUUACGUUGAUAGAAAGAGUAAUGUAGCAAGUCAUAGCCGCCAAUAUCAAUUCACAAGUUCAACUGUAAAUGAGGGAGAACAUAUUAAAGAUCUGCGUGAGAUAAUAAAUGUCAAGAAGCGUAAAAUCGGCCAUGGUCGUAGGUUAGAUGAGCUAAUCGAUUCCAGUUCUGAAGAUGUGGAAAAUAUAUGGCGUACACGAAGUGAAAGCCCCGAAGAAAUUUUCUGCGAUGUUCCUGUCAAAAAUGAAAGUAUUUCUUAUAUAAGUCACGUAGAAAACUCGCGAUUGUUGGAUGCAAACACCAAUGACGAUUACCAAGAAGGAUCAUCAAUUUUAAAGAAAGUCGAAGAGACAUCCAGAUAUUCUGAUUCCUUUGACGAACUGUACAAAGGCACCGAAUCUCGUGAACGCCAUAAACGGCACGAAAGCAAAACCUCCUCUCGAUAUGAUAGUAUGUAUACAAAUCGUUCUUCUGAUCAGGGUUUCGACAGUGUGCAGGAAAUCGAUAGCAUCUGGUCACCUAGCAACCAUUAUUCUUCGCGCAAAAAAAUGCGAAUUGGUGAUGUUGAUAGAGCUCGUGAGGAGUAUAUGUAUGAAAAUGAUGAACGUUCCCCAGAAAGAAGUACAAGAAAUGAUGAGCCCGCGACACGCUCGUGUGAUGAUUAUUAUUCGCGAACAUCUGACGACCGACGACGGAGAUUAUUGUCUUCAAAUUAUUACGGAGAGAAUUACGAGUCGGAUGGUUAUCGCAGACGAAGGCGUCAGUCUCCAGCAAAAGAUAGUAAAUACCGAUCAAGAUAUAGUAUCAGACACAAGAAUAAGGAAGAGCACACCGCACGAUCUCGUCGUUACCCAAGGCAUAAUGAAGAAUACACAAGAUCUCAACUUGAUACGAGGAUCAAAGAUUCGUCUCCACGCUACGAUGAAUCCGAGGAAGAAAAUUAUGAUGACUGUAAUCGAAAGACGAUUGAUUCAUCUAGUGAAUCAAUGAUGUCAACUUUGACAAGCCCUGAAGUCAUUCAACAAAUGGAGGGCUAUGUUCUUCAACGCGCUGUGGAUGAAUGCAACGUAUAUUUUAACAUACCUGAUAGCAGAGACGAAAUCAAGCAACCUUUUUUUGGUGGGAUUGGAAAAUACAUUUAUGGACCAAGAAAUCGUCUUGACGAACAACCCACAGAUGAGUACGAUAAACAUGGCGAAGACUUUGGUGGAAGCUUGCCUAGUGACUUGAGAAGUGAUGAAAGAUUUGUGUCGAAGGCUACCGAUGAUUAUCAUGGUGCAGACGGAGAAAGCGAGGGAGUAGUCGAUCUGAGUUCUCUAAAUCAUAGCACUAAACUAAGAGUUUUACACACAAUGAAUGAAUUACUCAGAGCUAUAAAAUCAUUUAAGAGUGAGACUGAAGAUAGGAUCAAAGAAAAUGACACUACUUUGAAGACUCCGCUCGUUUUAACUAAAGAUUUCGUUAAGAAAUUUAAGCAAAAGAGGAGACGUUUCCUUGUUCAAAAAAUGAGGAAAAUGCGAAGCAAGGAGAAAAUUGACUCAUUUGCGAUAAUACUUGCGCAGCUGCAGCGAUUAAGACUUAUUAGGAAUGACCUUUCUGUCCAUGGACCACAGAGUCAAGUUAUUCGUACACUUAAGAGACUAAACGAACUAAACAGAAGAAAGAAACUGGAAAGUGAUCAAACUUUUGAGAAUCUUUGUACUCGACAAUUCGAUGGAAAUGUUAGACAUUCAAACGACAAUACGUGGAAGGAUGCUUCUAUUUCGUUUAAGAAAUUGACCGACGAUCAGCAGAAUGGCCAUGUUGAGACAAACAUUGGAUACGACAGUGAUUAUAAUACAUUAUCGAUGGAAAUAAGUGAUAAUGAAGAAUCUGGUAUGAACAAAACAGUGGAAACAUUCAAUGCUGUUCUUUGCAGUGAGAUGCUGAGAAAACAUUUGAAAGGAUUGAAUUCCAAAGAUGUAAUUGAGAAUGAGCGCCAAAAUACCAGCGUUGAUAAUUCGGAACAAAAACGGCACACGAAAGAAAUUGCAAACAACAGCAUUUCGGAUUUGGAAGAAGUUGAUAUUCCAAAGAUAAUGCAAGUACCAUAUAUGAAUGAUCAUGGUCAAAAUAAGCGUAAGCAAGAUGUCACUCCACGUAACGUGGAAGCAACGAAGGUAUCACACGAUAAGCAUUGUGAAGAGACGUUGACUAAACAACCAAUCAAUGUCACUGCUCAUGAAGCCAAAAUGGAAUUUAAGCUUAAGUUGAUGCUGAAGACACAAAAGUUCAUCCCUCGGCAAGUGUUGGGCUCUCAGCUUUUACAUGAAAAUGUUGAAAAAUGCCCUUGGAAAAAUGAGAGUAUAAGCAAAGAAGAUAAUAAGUCUGCUAUUUUUGGUGAAUUGACCACAGCCAAUAUACAUCAAAGCAAGAGGUCUGUGGAAGAAGAAAAUUUGAAACGGGUGCUAAAUACAUUGACAAAAUCUCAGUUGGAUAUACUACAAUAUGGAUCGCCAAGAGUUCGAGGACAUGAACCUUUGUACAGCUGAAGAUGGGUAUAAUACCCCAUAGAACAAAACUCCGUUGUUGGAGGAAAAUUAUGCAGACAUUAGGUGAAGAUGGAUUCUCAUUAAAUUACAAAUCACAUGAAUAGGUCACCUUAUUAUUACUGUUGUUUUGGGCAAUGUUUACAAAUGAGAAAUGUUCAAAACUUGUGUGCAUUUAUCUGAAUGAAAAUAAGUUUCUGUUGUUGAUAUUUGGAAGCAGUUAUGUUACUUUUUAUUUUUAGAAUUUUUGUGGAGAAUAACAAACACUUGUUUAAGUGGAAUAUGAUUUAUAGAUGAUUUCAAUCAAUUUGUCUUCUUGAUGUGUGAUGCAAUGUUAUUUUGAUAAAUAUAGUAUAAAUAAUUACUGAGUUGAUGAUGGACAUACUCAUUGAUUGGAAAACAAUUUCAUUUCUAUAGAAAUAAACCAUUAUAAUAAUGUAUACUAGGAUUGCCACCUGAGAGAUAGAAUUUCUGUUAUGGCAGAAUUGAGUUGUAUUAAGUGCUCAAAACUUGUGAAAUGUUGGCAAAACAUUGUAGCACACAUCAAAAGGCAGGAGUUUGUAUUUGAUCCUUAAUUAAUGAAAUGUUUAGUAUAUAGAGAGAAAACAAAUUUUAAUCAUAAUAUAUUGCUAUCUAA